AUCGCAUACUAAAUGUUUGAUUUCCCUUUUCCUGAAGUAAAAGAACUACAGGUUUGAUCCACACAUUGACAAAAUGUCUUGGCCAGACAGAGAGAGAAGUACGAUGGUGACUGCCCAUCUCCUUGAGGAGCGCAUCAGUCAGUACAUUAGUGCACUGGACAGGGCUACGCAGAUGAAUGAUUCUCAUCAGGCCUCACAGAUUCAGAUGGAUAUACAACAACUUGUGGAUCUAAUGGAGCAAGUAAAUUCUGGCAGGACUGUUGAUUCCAGAGUGGUUCCCCCUUCUCUGAUCAUUGCACCUCAGCUAGAUGUUUUAAAAAACCCAAUGAAUGAAAUCUCAUUGCGCCUGGCCAAUUACCACAAAGCUUUAUACUUUGCUGAGGAGGAGUUGUCUGAAGACAGAUUAAAUAAAAUUCAAACCCUGCAACAAAGUCUCCAGGUUCUCAAUGAUUUACAAAACCGCACCAAGGCUGGGAUACCAGUCAGAGCAGAUGAGCUACCCCCUUCAGUGCCCAUACCAAGUGAUGACGAACUUGAUAACAAUGCAAUGGAAACGUUGACCCAAAGAAUCUCCACAUACCAUGCUGCUUUACUUGCUGCAGAAAAUAAUCCUGGAGAUCACAGAGUUCCUAAAAUACAGAAUGCUAUUCGGAAAUUAGAGUUUUUGAUGACAAGAGCUAAAGCUAAUCGACCAGUUUGGAAACGAGACAUUCCAUCAGAAUAUGAGCAUACGUUUACUGCUGAAAAUCCUGUAAGGUCACCAGAAAGGAAAGUAAACAAAGUCAAGUUAAAAAUUCUGGUGAGAUCUCUGACCCUCAGGGUGUCCAACUUGAAGUUUACUAACUCACUUUUACAAGAGCAGGCGGCUGACUUGUGUAGGAAACUGGCUGAUAUUGAGACCAAACUCAACACAAACUCAACAGCACCCGAUGACAGGACCCUGACAAUGUUGACCAAACAAGCUGAAGAUUUGGAGGAGUUGGCCAUCGCAGAGAAGAAAAUGACCACUGACCAAGCUAUUGAAGACCUGGCGCUUGUUGAAACCAGACUGUCAGAGUACAAAGUCGCAACAUUUUAUUUUAAAGAAAAGAAACAGCAGGACGAGGCCUUAAAACAUUUCAAAGUUGUCAAGAUGUUGGAGUCCAUGAAAGCGGCUUUGGAAAAAGGGGAACAUGUAGAUAAGACAAAGAUCCCCAAAUCACCAGGCUUUGUUCCUGUGCCAGCUGAUUCACAAUUUCCUCCAGCUUAUUCUUCACUAGACCUGCCAACAUCAAAACCUGAUCUUGUAGCAUUCCAUAAACCACCUCCAUAUCUUGCUGCCGCAUCAUAUUCAUCCUCUGCCAACUCACCUGUCACAGAGCAUCAAGGUUUGAGGAGCACCAACCCCACCCCACCCUCCCCACAUCACCCUUAUCAAGGUGUGCAUCACCCAGUCACUAGGAGCACUAACCCCACCCCACCCUCCCCUCACCAACCAUCUCCUACAAGAACAAGCAUGGACUCCUGGAAGGAAAGAGUUCUAUCAGGAGACUCCCAGCCCCAAAGUCUUGCUAACCAGAGUAACACUGAAUCCAGGUCGGGGGAGGUUGGAAAAAAAUCCAGUGAACUUUCUGAUGAAGAGAAGAGAGUAAAAAACAUUCUGAAGGGUGCAGUUAUAGCCCGACCGUAUGAAAUGCUGAGCUCGCUGGGUUUUCUCCCUUGCCAAAAUGGGCCUGAUAACAUGGGAAGUAAUUCAGUGAUGUCUUAUAGUUCCAGUGGGUUAACUAACUCACAGAUAGCGGUGUUGAGCCAGGUGAGGGAUGUGGGGGUGAAGAGUGGGGAGCUACAACAACAUGUCAGUGGUGGUGAAAGUAAAGGUGGUGUUGUUGUAAAGAGAGAUAGUGAUGUGGUGCCGGGGUGUGAUGAUGAUGCUCCUCCAGCUUACGGUAGUGAUGUUGCUGUGAAGUAUGCAGGUGUUGUGACUCCGGAACAUGCUAGAGAUGUUGCCGCAGGGUUCGCUACAGGGUUUGGUGAUGCUGUGGCUUCAGAUGUCGCUACAAGUUGUGCUAGGGAUACUACAAAGAGGAGUUCUAGUGGUGUUGAGGUGGGAUAUGCUCGUGAUGUAAUGACAGGAUCUGCUCAUGAUGUUGCUUCAGAUAGUGGUAGUGAUGAUGUUAGAGAUGUCACAGAGGGAUAUGCUAGCGAUGUGGAGACAGCUGGUGAUGUGGCCCCACCCUAUGCUGGUGAAGCUGCCAACAGCCGUAGUGCAGGAGAUGGCCCAGCAGUUGCUGGUGCUACACCUGCUCGUGAUGCACCUCCAGAACACACAGCUGCUGCCCAUAAUGAAGCUGCUGAGCUUGAUUCAGCACUCUCACAUAAUGACCCAGGCAAUACUGUUCAUGUUUUAGACGAGGUGAAUGAUGUCUUAAAGCAUCCAAGAGCUGGUGAUCUAGGCCAUGCCAGUGAUGUUUCAAUGGAGCUCAUUAGUGAUGUUUCUUCCACGCAAUCCAAUGAUGUUUCCCCAGUUCAUCCAGAUAUUGUUUCACUUCAUACUGGUGAUGGUGCACCACAGCAUACCGCUGACAGUCUACAGCAUACCAAUGAUGGUCCACAGCAUACUACUGAAUCUGUUACACAGCAUACCAAUGAUGAUCCACAGCAUACUACCGAAUCCUUUCCUCAGUUUACCAAGGAUGUUUCCUACCAUAACAGUGAUGCUAUUCUACAGCAUACAAGUGAAUCUGUUCCCCAGCAUAUGACUGAUGUUCCCCAGCAUACCACUGAUGUUCCCCAGCAUAUGACUGAUGUUCCCCAGCAUACGACUGAUGUUCCCCAGCAUACGACUGAGGUCCCCCAACAUACCAGUAAUCCUCCCACAAGUCAAACAUCUGCCCAAGAGCAUGCUGACAACAUAACUUCCAUCCACACAGCCACUGCUCAACAAGCAAGCACUAGAGAUGCUGAAAACUCUGGCCCUGUUCUUGGCUCUUCUGAUUGUGUUGAAAACAGUAUCAACACUGUUGAUAGUGUACCAGGUCAUUCAACUUCUCAUGUUGAUGUGGAACCUAUCUCAUUACCUGAAUCACAAGCUGUAAAUCAUGACACUGAAAUAAGGACCGUCCAUGCAGUUAAUCAAAGAAAGUUUCAUCAAGAUGACCAAUCUGGGAUCAACAAUUCAAACAGAGAAUUGGUUAAUGGUCAAGUAGCAGCACUGCAGAACCAGACAGCAGGCGUUGAAUCAGCAGAAGAUUCCAGAACAUCAGCUGUUUUUACUUCUGAUCAAAGUUUCGCCUCACAAGAAUUAACACCCAACAAGGAUAUUGUUCAGAAAAGUUAUUCGUUUGAGAAUAAUGAUUUUCCUAACGAUGAUUUUUCUAAAGAUGAGUUUCAGGAUUUGAUGGACUCCAUGGUCAUGACAUCCUCGGAUACGGGUAACCCGUUUAAGUCGCUUGACUUAUCCGUGGGUCGGAUGUCUCCACAGCAGCAAGGCCCAGCGUCUCUACCAGUGCAGGUUAAUAAGCCAGACAAAAACAGUUUGGCGGUGUCUCAUCAAAACAGAAAUAACAAUUUUUUUACUGCUGGUAACUGUGAUCCACCUGUCUCUUCAUAUAAACCCUCGAGUCUUUCAAGUUUACCAAAUUUGGUGAAUGGCCACAGUUUUCAGAACUCUGAUGUUUCAACUACAAAAUUUACUUGCCUGGAGAACAUCAAAUUUGAGUAUCUGGUAGAGGCAGCCAAGGGAACACAUGAGAGUAAAGUUAGAUCUGAGAUGUUACACGCUAAGAUGAAGGAGAUCAAGAAAAUGUUGACGUGUGGAGGGCUCCAUGUUUGGGAAGACUACAUGUCCUGUGUGGAGAGAGAAGUGAAGGACAUGAAGGAGAGAACUGAGCAGACGCCAGAUGUAGCAGACGUCAAGCUCUUGUGUCUGAAGAUUAACCUGGCAGAGCGUGAGCUGAUGAUUCUGAGAGAGCGCCUUCUAAAAACAUUUCACUCUGUCUACUACAGCUGAGUAAAAGAAACGGAACAAAUUUUUUUUCGGUACUCGAAGACUUCUCGUUUGUCCAAAAAUACUCUUUGUUGUUAAUUAGAUACACCAAAUGUAUUUGUAUGGCUGAGGAAAAAAAAUCAUUUUAUUUAAAUUAUCAUUUU